UAUAAAUAAAAAGGAUGUACUAGAGAUAGACGCACGUACAUCAUGAUGAGUCUCGCAUUUCACGAUCACGAUCAGUUAUUCUGUAAUGAUCUGUAAGGUUUAAGCUUUGUUAUUGUCUUGACCAAUGCUGCGCAAGCAGCCACUGCAAUCGUUGUUACGUCUGACCAUCAUCUGUCGCAGCAAUGUCGCAGCCGCGAAGGUCUCCUCAUGAUUCGUAUGAAACUGAGACAACAGACCACCAAACAGAAACGGAAACCAUACUGCUCAAGCACCUCCCACUCAGCCCAGAUUCGCCUUCUGCGUUGCAGAAAGAUGCACAUUUGCAGUUCUUGGUUCGAAAUCUAAUCCAAGGUUUUCCAUCCCGCUAUAUCAGCCAAGACGCAAGUCAACCAUGGUUGCUCUACUGGACACUCCAAAGCUUCAGCGUCAUGGGCGUGGGGAUGGAUCCCAACAAUAAACAGAAGGCCAUCGACACUAUUAUGGCAUGGCAGCAUUCAGAUGGCGGAUUUGGAGGUGGGCCGGGGCAGGCUGCGCAUUUGCUGCCGACUUAUGCAGCGGUUUGCGCGCUAGCGAUCGUUGGAAGGCCUGGCCCAGGAGGAGGAUGGGAUCAGAUCGAUCGGGAGAAGAUGUAUGAGUUCUUCAUGUCUAUCAAGCAACCAGAUGGGGCGUUCCUUGUAGCACACCAUGCAGAAGUGGAUGUCCGUGGUACAUAUUGCCUCCUUGUGACGGCUCAUCUGCUGAACAUGCUGACGCCGGAACUUUUGGAGGGCGUCCCUGGCUUCAUCAUGUCGUGUCAGACCUAUGAAGGAGGUUUCUCAUCCGCGUCCCAACCAUAUUUCUCCCCUGAACCAGAGGGUCCUCCAAUCCUGCUCGAUUCCCCGCGUCCGCCUCUCGGCGAGGCUCACGGCGGUUACACUUUCUGCUCUCUGGCGUCAUGGGUCAUGCUUCAACCGUACCUUGCUCUGCAAAAGCCUUCGCUCCAGCGGCCGUCUCUGAAUUUCAAGACGCUGCUGCGAUGGCUGGUGCAGAUGCAAGGCUCGGAGAUCGAGCUUGGUGGUUUCAAGGGCCGCACCAACAAGCUUGUGGAUGGUUGUUACUCCUGGUGGGUCGGGGGCUGCUUUGCAUUGUUAUCCUCGCUAGGCAUCGUUGGUGCACAUGGCCGUGAUGAUAACCACCAAUCUACUACUGCCCAAGAGGAUGAAGCUUGGGAUGAUGUUGAUGAUUCUUUAUGGGAUCGUGCUGCCCUACAGCGCUACAUCCUGUGCGCAGCCCAGCACCCAGCAGGAGGCCUGCGCGACAAACCUCCAAAGCCCGCAGAUUCAUACCAUACACUGUAUUGUCUAGCAGGAUUAUCCUCGGCUCAGCAUAAUGUCUUCCUAUCAUCCACUCGGCAGGAUGCCAUUGUUCGCUGUUGGAAGACCCCGCCUGAUCCAACGCACGAGCAACUUCGUCAAGCUUGUUUCUCUCACUCUCUUUCUUGGACAGAGGAAGAGGGCACGUCUCGCAUACUUGGAGCGCAAAAUAACCGGAUGAAUGCGACACAUCCAGUAUUCAAUCUGACGAUGACACACACGGAGGGUAUCAUGACGCAUUUUUACAAGCAAACGAUUCCUUCACGACCUAGGAAAGCGUGAAGGUGGUCGAGGGCAGAGUAGUACACAUGAUGAUGUGUUGUAAAGUAUCUUCAAGGAAUGAGUUAUAGGAGAUAUCUGCAAAAUCAAACUGCAAAACUCUGUCAAGAACUUAGCCGCAGAAUGGCCUAGAACUGCACGCACGCCGUGAGCAUUUUCGGAAUGUCUCUGCUUCUGAUGUUUUCCAUCCACGCGGGUUCAGGAUCACAAGACCUGAAGUGACAG